GCUUCGCGCAGGCGUGUAUGUGCUGUGAGAGAUAUAUAAAGAUGGCGGCGCCCGUGGAGGGAAAAAGUCUAUAACGUGUUGAGAUACAGUCAAUGAAAGCUUUUUCAGACUCUGCUGCUCAUUGGAAGGGGCAAUAAUGCUGAGGAAUCUGAGGGGACUCGUUUGUCGGGGAUACAAGCUGGAACAUGACUGCUUUUUACAAGCUGGUCCCAGGAACUGGCAAAGCACAGUUGCCAUCCAGGAUCCCCACUAUGCACCAGAAAAGCCCAGAGCAAUCUUCCGCACCAGCGAGAAUGACCCGGCCAAUCACACGGAAGAGCACAUGGGACAAUAUUACACGCUCCCUCUCCAGGAAGUGAAGAAGGUGUUUCCUCACGGACUCCCACCACGCUUCAAGUUACAGAUGCAAACCUUUGGCGAAGCCUGUUUCAUGGUGAGGGAACCCGCUCUCGAACUCCUCAGCUGCUUAAAACGAACCAACUUUGCUCAUCCAGCCAUUCGAUACGUCGUCUACGGCGAAAAGACGACAGGGAAGACCAUGGCCCUCUGCCACGCCAUCCACUACUGUGCGAGGCAGGACUGGCUCAUCCUGCAUAUUCCAGAUGCUCACCUCUGGGUAAAGAAUUGCAAAGAACUCCUGCCCUCUUCCUACAACAAGGACCGCCUUGACCAGCCUCUGGAAGCCACGACUUGGCUGAAGAACUUCAAAAUCACCAACGAGCGCUUAUUGAAAGAGAUCAAAACGCAGCAGAAGUAUAUGUGGGGCAAAAGAGACAGCACCGAGGAAGGCCGGCCCCUAAUAGAAGUGGUGGAGCAGGGUUUAACUCGGGUGAAAAUUGCCAGCGACGUAGUGGGGGUGGUCUUCAAAGAGCUGAAGCAGCAAUGCCCAGAGGGGUCCUUCAGGCUGCUAGUGGCGGUGGACGGGAUCAACGCCCUUUGGGGAAGCACAACACUGAAGAAACAAGACAAGAGCAAUGUCUCCCCAGAGGAGCUGACGCUGGUCCACAACCUGAGGAAGAUGGUGACCAACGACUGGACUGGUGGAGCCAUCGUGACAACCCUCAGCCAGACAGGCGCGCUGUUCCAACCCCGCAAAGCUUACAGGCCCCACGAAUUGCUAGGAAAGGAGGGUUUUGAUGUUCUGGACCCCUUCAUCCCCAUCCGUGUUCUCAACUACAAUGACCGGGAGUUUGAGAGCUGCUACCAGUACUACCUGGAGCGCAAGUGGCUUCAGCAUGAAAAAGCCAGCACAGAUGAAGGCCGCAAGGAGCUUCGCUUUCUCAGUGGGCAGAACCCUGGACUGCUUGACCAAAUCAGCUCCUUCUUGUGACAUUGUGUCCCUCCUCCCCACCUCCAUCCCAAAAACAUUGGCGUCACAGCCCAAGAAACUCCUUCCUGUUCAAUAAAAAACCAAACAGAAAGCCACUUUUGUUUUAGCAUGCUCUCUCUGUGUACUCAUGUAUAGGGUUAGGAAAGGGGGAGGGGGUAUUUCUUGCUGCAGCGAUAUGACAGGUUGGGGAAACCUAUGGCCCUCCCGGGGUUCUUGGACUCCAGCUCCCAUCAGCCUCAGCUAGCAUGGCAAAUGGUUAAGGAUGAUGGUAGUUAAGAGUGAAAGUUUGGUUAAGUGGAGAUGGGUUUUUCUCUCAGUUGGAAUGAAGCUGCUCAUAAGAUGGAAAAGUGGAUCAGUUCAGGAUUGUAGCAUUAAGUUUGAUGAGGUGACACAGAAAACCACAGCACCAAAUACGCUCUUCUUAACUCAGACCUUAUUUUGUGUAAAAUCCAUUUAUUUUUAAUACUUUUAGAAGUGUGGCCUCGUGUGUUAAGUCAGCAUAUAAUUGAGUGCUGAAAUUGAGAUGGGAGGGUGUCUAGGACAUUGAGCCAAGCUGUGUAAAUUUAAAGCACCCCCCCAAAAAAAAGAACCCAGGGUGCUGGGAAUUACAGCUUUAUGAGGGGUAAACAGCAGUUGCCAGGGCAACUGGGGCGAGGGAAUGUGCUUUAAAUAUAUGGUGUGUAUACAGCCCUGGAUUCAACUUUGCUGCAACCUGUGGGGUGUUUUAGAAGGGGAUUUUAUUUUUUUGAUCAGGAAAUCCAAGCCAACAUUGCCAUCUUUUACCUGCACUAUCCACGGUGUGUGCUACAUUGAGGGCUCUAAUAAGAACCUCACUGAGCCACAGGCCCAUAAGACAAAGGAUGGCGGUAAUAGAUUGAAACUAUUUUUUUAGAAAAUAACUUAGCAUUGUUUUUCAACCUGAGUUAGAAAGAGCAUGAACUCUGGUCUGCCUUGCUGUCCAAUCAACAGGUUCCAAAAAUCCUGGAUAUCUGUUGUUUUCUAAUAGGAGCUCUUCUGGUCUCCAACUCAAAAGAGAAAAAACAAAAAAGCAUUUUCCAGGUGUAUAAAUGAUCACAUUUUGCCCUAUCUCUGUAAAAUUGUAGAGACUGAAAUAAUAAGAGGGGCAUCACUGGGUUUUUUGGGGUGUACUGUAAAAAUGGAGACCAGCUGUGUUGGCCAGUGUUCUCACUAUUACAGUGUCUUUCCAACCAGCUACUACAGAGGGUAGGAUGGUAAGCUGGACUAUGCCAUCUGCUUUGCUGAGGGAUAGGCUCCCUCCCUUGUUGCAACAGUCAUAUUUUAGCUGCCAUUCCAUGCGGGGGCACCAACAGCUAGAUGAGAAGCUGCUCCAUUGCCUCUGCUGAAAGAACUCAUUUUUUGGAUCUUCUCUGUGAAUUUUUUCCAUUCAGUCUGGCUGUGGGGCUUAUGCAAAUGGUGGUAUGUAAAUCUAAAUAAAAAUAAUUUGUCCCUGCAUUUUGUAUGUUUUCCUCUUCCCUCCUCUCCUUGUUUUCCUUUUGUGCCAUAUCUUUUCAUUUGCUCUUUCGCAAGCUGCAAAUUAGCUAAAGAGAUGGAGGAAUAGCUCAGUCAUUGAGGUCAGCGGGUGGCAGGCUCCGUUAGGAUGAGAGUUUUUAAAACCUCCUUUUCUUAUUGCUUCCAUCGUGCUGUCACCAUUUGCGCCUCUGAGCAUCUCCAGCGUGAAAAUGCAUCUAUGUGGCGCUGUCCCCAAACUGGUUCCUCGUCAACUACCGGUAUUAGAGGAGCAUAGAGAUGUCAGCUAAGCGGUAGAGCGGCGUCACCAAGCCUCCAUAGAAAAAGUGGCGAAUAUGGCGGCUGUCAAAUUUUCGCCGAAAGUCUCGUCUGUCCCAUUUCUUCGUUCCUACCGCCUCUGGUGCUGCGCAGGCGAAGGCAUGCCUAGAGCGGCUCUCCCGAUGCAGCUCCGCCCACUUUCCUAGUUCUCCAAGCCAAUGGGGGAGAGACAAGGUGGCGCAACGAACCCUUCUCGCUCGC